AUGGCUGGCAGAUUCGAGCCCAAGGUCCCCGUUCGGUUGAACCCGCCCAAGGACGACCCCAUCUCCGUAGAGGAGCUGGCAAAGGCAACUGUCUUUGCGGGAAAAGAUGCGUCAAGAGCCCUUGGAAAGACAUCUACCAAGCCAGAGGAUGUCCGGCCGGAGUGGCAUGACCUGGAGGAUAAGGAGAUAGAGACGCUCAACGACUGGAUCACAUUCUUUUCCAAGCGCUACAAUGUUGUUGGUGUUGUUGAGGGAGCUGAAAACAUGGAAUAG